AUGCUCGGCGGGGACGUGACGCUCUCGACGGGCAAGCGCGCGAGCAGCGCCUCGAUCAACCUGGCGGAUCCGAGGCUCGAGCUGUUGAACAGCCUCCCACUUCCCACCAGGGACACCAAAAUCCCACUCGAUGUGUGGGUGGGAAGCGGCACGCAGCCCACAAAGAUCUUCACUGGAUGGGUGAGCCAGCUCGCAGGCGACGAGCCUCCAGGCCGCGUCAGCGUGACGGCCACCGACAAGCUCAAGGGCGCGCGCCGAAAGCAGCGCGCCAAGGCGAUCGCGCAGACCUCGAUCGAGCAGCUCGCCAAACGCACGGCAAAGGAACAGGGCCUCACCGCCGACUUCUCGCGCGCGAACGUCAGCGAGCUUCGCGAUCUUGGCCGAGUACUUCAACACGGCGAGACCGACUACGAACUGCUCGAGCGCCUGUGCUCCCUGGUGGGGCAUGCGCUUUUCGUGGAUGGCGACAGGCUGCUCCUGAUCGAUGACGGCCUCGAGGUCCAGGAAGGUGACGUGGCGCUCGAGCUUCGGCGCGGCGUGAACGUGCGAGGCAACGUGAGCUUCACGAUCACCGAGCGGCUGCGCAUGAACACGCGCCACAUCCUCGACUACUCGGGAGAGGUCAUCAGCGCUGCGGACGAAGGUGAAGCAGAACUCGCCGCCGUGGAGCUCGAGCGCACGGGUGUGUCUUCAGUGGACGUGGACGCGCCAUCGUUCUCGAAGCAAGCCGCGACUUGGGCGAGGCAAUCGCUCGCGCGCGCCAAGAAGGUCUUCGAGUGCUCGAUCGAGACGGACCUCGAGGAGCUCGUGAAGCCGCGCGAUGUGGUCGCGCUCCGAGGCUAUGGCCCUCGCUUCUCCGGGCUUUGGCGCGUCGAGCAGGUCAAGCACAAGCUGGCGGCGGGCGUGUGGCCUCCAAAGGUGACGAGCGCGGGGCGCCUCGCGUUCGUGUCUGGCGAGGACGCGCUCUGGCAAGGGAUCGAGCAGGUCCUCUCGACACCGCUCGGGACAAGGCCCCUCGAUCCGACUUUUGGAGCUCCGCCGGUGGUGCUCGAGCCAAUGGGUUCGCCGGAAGCGAUCGCCUACGCGCUCGGGCGCGCCAUCGAGAGGAGCGAGCCGAGGGUCAAGGAUGUCCGCGUCGACAUCCUUCGCGAUGAUGCAGCCAGCGGCACGCUCGAGCUACGCAUCUGGAUCACGCCGAUCGAGAGCAAUGAAGAGCUGAUGGCAGAAGAGAUUCCCACGCUGGUGAUCGAUCCUCGCGAUGAAGAGGAGAUGGUCGCGUCCGUCAUCGACGACUUGCCAGACGAGAUCACCGACCGCUCACGAGCGCACUGGCUCAUCGCAGCCAUCGAGGCCACGGGCUCGAUCUAUGCCAUGUGCACCUACUGGAUCAACCAGUGGCCCACGAAGUUGCUGCUCAAGGUCAUCGAGCUGCUCGGUAUCGAGCGCGAGCCGGCGACCGCCGCGACGGCCACGCUCACCUUCACCUCGGCGGCUUCGACGGUGACCGAUGUGACCGUGCCAGCGGGGACCGUGGUCAAGACGGGCUCGGGAGCGGACGCCAUCGAGUUUGCCACGGACGUGGCGCUCACGGUGCCUUCUGGUGGGGCCUCCGCCAACGUGGCCGCCACGGCAACCGAGACAGGUGCCGCGACCAACGUGUCUGCUGGCACGCUGACCAAGCUCGAUGUGCCCGUCGCAGGCAUCGCUAGCGUGACCAACGCGGCUGAGGCCAGCGGUGGCCAGGACCUCGAGAGCCUGGACCAGAUGAUCGCCAGGACACCGCUCGCGGUGCGUAAACAAAACAGGAUCGUCACCGGCGAAGAUGCGGCUGAUGAGGCGGCACGAGUGGAUGGAGUUUCGCGUGCGAAGGCGCUGGGGACUUACUACCUGAGCGAAGGUGUAUUGGAGCGUUCUGUCGGGGUGUACGCGGUGGGGCUGCUCCUCGACGGCACGCUCAACGAUGGCGCGCUGUCCAGUGAACUCAAAACCGAGAUCAGGGACGCGCUCAAGGCCAAGGCGCUCGGCGGGGUGGGCUUCUCGAUCUUCCUCGCGCCGGUGCGCCUGGUGAUGAUCGAGAGCGUCGAGGUUGUGUUGAAGACGGGCUAUGUGCUCGCCGAUGUCGAGGCCUCCAUCAAGGCCGCGCUCGUGGAGUACCUCACCGCCUAUGACAUCAUCGGGGAUGAUGGCAGGACCAUCACCGGGAGCGCGUGGGAAUGGGGUGAGACUCUGUAUGCCAACGAGGUGAUCAGCCUCAUUGAUCGGGUGGAUGGCGUGAAGCGCGUCGGCGCGAUCACGUACAGGUACUCGGACAACUAUGGAACCGACUGGUUGCCCUCGCACCCUGCUCCAGCCCUUUCCCUUGCCGACAUCUCCCCUGGGGUAAGCUCCGAUGUUGUGGAUCUGUUCGGCCUUAUCCACUGGGGUGGCGAUCACUCUCCGCCCUUUGAGUUCAGUGUGAGCGAGGCUUAA